AUGCUACGGACGACAAAAUCGGCCGGUGUUCAGUUGGACGACCAGUUAAAAUCAUCUUAUCUUGCCAAUGUCAUGUCAUUCGAAGGAAGUACCAGCUCUGAGAUACUGCUAGGUUGUCCCGGCCUAGACAGGAGCAGUCAAAAUGCAGAGGUGAGGUUCGAACCACGCAGCUUUCGGUCGGUAAGUCUGUGCCUUGAACACGGAGCUAUCUCACACCCAGGAGGAGAGAGAGAGAGAGAGAGAGAGACAAACAUGCGAGAGAAAACACAUAAAAUAUCACUCGGUCUCAUUCAAGUAACAAAUUUGAUCAUCAGCGUCCGAGACAUCAGUGUUGACAAUGAUGCUUCACUGCUAUACGACCAUGAAGUUCGUCUAAUUAUACAUAAAGCCCUAGAGAGGGAACCUAGUGCUGACUAUGUCGAGUAUUCUGAGGUGCCUAAACCUCCAAGCGCUCAAUCAGACAAUCUGGAAAGAACCCCAUUGACAUCGAUUAGCCGCCAUUUCUUGAAAUGUCUCCAGUCAACCACAGGUGGGGUCCCGGCGACCCCAUCCUGGAAGAACAUAAGGUUGACGGAAACUCGGGGACUGCGCGUACCUGAUGUGCCCCAAAAAUGGCGAAACCGGCCGUGGGCUGUCGAGGAGUUUUCGGCAACAUUAUGA